UAGACAGUGAGAGAUCGUUACAGCGUAGCGCGCUGUGCGGAGUCGCUCGCUCAAGUCAGAUACUUUGGUGAGAGAUUUUGGACGGCGCUGUACAGCCGGCAAAAGUGCUGAGGAGGGCGCAUUGUCACGUGACCUGUGUGUAUGCAUCGCUGACUGUGUGACCACGCGAGUUGAACGGUCAAUAUGGAGGGUGAUAGUUGCCGAAGUGGAAAUCUGACCAUUCGGAGUGAUUGAAAACAGCUUUAAUCUUUUCCGGAACUAUUGGAUAAAACUUGUGACUGUUGUUUUCCUUUUACUGGAACAACGUGAUAUUACUGAGAUCUUCUCAGCAUGUGGAUUGUCGUUGUAGCAGUUGUGGCUUAUGUCAAAGUGUCCCUUGCCGCACAGGAUCCGACAUUUGAGACACCCGUGGUCAAUGUGACUGUUGUAGAGGGCGCGACGGCGGUGUUGCCAUGUAAAGUCAGUCACCUAGGGCGUCACAAGGUGGCGUGGACGGAUCAAUGGUCCACGCUGCUGGCGUUCAUGGACACGAGGAUUAUCGACGAUGAACGCAUCUCCGUGGACAGACCAUACGGCAACGACUGGAACCUCCACAUCUCGGGGGUGAAGCUCGAUGACCAGGGCAUCUACAACUGUCAGAUCAACACGAAACCAGUCAAGAUACAAACAGUCGUCCUGAAUAUACUAGUUCCUCCGAGGAUUCUUGGGGCGCAGUCGGAUACUGAGGUUGUGGUCAACGAAGGACUGUCGGUCAGUCUGUCGUGCAACGUGUCCGGAAUUCCUCGACCAACGGUCAUGUGGUACAAAAAACCCACACAGCCAGGUCAAUCGAAAGAUAGUGAGUUCUGCCCAGCAACAGCUAGGAUCGGUUUCUCUGGAGAGGUGCUGAUGAUCCACAAUGUCACACGCCAUUGCGGAGGCAAGUACGAGUGCGUGGCCGACAACGGUGUACCUCCAGCUGUCAAACGUCAGAUCAACGUGGGGGUCAAAUUCCCGCCAGAGAUUCAUAUUCAUAACAAAAGAAUUGGUCAAGUUCGUGGCAAGGACACAAUCCUGGAGUGUGUUGUGACCGCACACCCCCAGGGCGUGAGUGUGUGGAAGUUUGAGAACAGACAGUUACCUAAAGCCCUCCAGAAGUACCGAGUCGAGGUGUUCGAAGAAGGGAGCCACACCAUUACCCUAAGUCUCCGGAUCAGUAAACUAAAUGAGCAUGAUUACGGGGAAUACACGUGUGUUGCUUCUAAUUCCAUGGGCAGCGAUUCUAAAAGAACGCUUCUCUACGAGCAUAUAAUACCUACGAAACCACCUACUACAACUACCACGACAACGAGAGCCACAACAACGUCGUUGCGCCCCACACAAGGGAAGACAGACCAGAUACCUGGCUACGAUUACCCGUCAGAGAACGGCCCACCCGAGUACAUACCCAGACCAACAUUAAAAAAGGUCCAUCCGUUACUACCGGGUGGGAAGAAUGACCCGAUAGUCGUCGGCUCAGCCGGAAGUAAAGGGCCAGAAUCCGGAGCCAGGAAAAAUUCAGUUUUCAGCACAGUUUUGCUAAUGUGUAUAUUUUCUCUGUUAAAUCCCCUUUAAAAGUUCUGGAAUCACAGUUACUUGUACAUAAUAGUACGAAUAUAAGAAGGAUAAAUGUACACCUGUUUUUACAAAAAUGUGCAAUAUGAUUCAUAUUAAGUCCAGUAAGUAAUAUGCUUAUUUUACAGUUGUACUGUGAGACUAAAACAUAAUAAUAAACAUCAUAAUUUUUCACCUCGACGUACAGGUCCAAAUAUUUGCAACAUUCCGCGUUUUCAGUAUUCUGGUGCACAAAGGAAAGGAAAGAAGCGCACGUAAAAUGACCACGACGUUGCGUACGAUGGUGCGGUUGGCAGUUUCUCGUAGUCGGGGUGACGUCAGUGAUAACUGGUCGUGUUUGUGUUGAAGGUGUCGCUACAGACGCUGAUGCUUUAAGCAAUAUAUUUAAUGUAUUUCUUCGUGUUGUGAGAGACGGAUACAGGAUACUAUUUGCCUGAAUCUAUGUGUCCUUGAGAUCGUGGUAUCCGUUGAUAGGCAAGUCAUGCUUUGUGCUCGAUUAAAAAUAGUCUAUAUUCUUUCGAUUGUGUUCGAAGCCAGGUUAAGAUCGAAAGAUCAUUUUUUCAAACCCUAGCAGAUAAUGGUAAUUGGAUUAUCAGGUUUACGCAUGCGUGAAUCCCCCCCGAAUAGGCGAACUUUGAACGUGUAUCGUCAUAUCGGGGAAGCCAUACAAACAGUUUAACAUAAUAAACUUUUUUGAAAUUUAUACUUUUUAAAAGUGAUCACCGCACUGAAUUAUCUAACAAUAGCUUAGCAGAGUUGCAUCCCUUGAUCCUUCAAGGAUCCGCUGCUUGUGGGUUCAAUUCUUUGUGGAUGAUCCCUAAUUUAUCGGUACAUAUCCAGUUCUUUGUGUAACUGAACACAAAGUUGUGAAAAAAAAUCGCGAAAUCAGAGAUCGCGCCAACUUUAGUCCAAUCUCAUCAUGUAUUUAAAGAAAUGAGCACGUUUCUUAUUGGACUUCUAUUUGUUUGCAUUCUAAGAUGUAUAUUUCUUCUGCACACAACAUACAACUUGUCUAAUUCAGUGUCUUGGUUUGACAUGUUUUUCAGGAACAUGUAUGAUACGACAAGCGUGUCACUUAUAAAGAGUCAAUUCUGGGAGAGCACUUUACAUAUCUUACUUGUUGUCUUGUAAUCUCAACACGUGCGUGUGUUAAACACAGAGUUCCAUUGUGAACAUGUGGGGUGGGGUGGGGGGAGUGUAAUGGAACAUAACAUAGGAAAGUCCAACGCGGUGUGUCUACAGAUUUCUUUUAGUUAGAACUAGGCAGUGUUUGUUGAAAUGACAGUUCUGCCAACCUACAAUCGGAUAUGUUAUCAUUUCCACUUACACCCGAUCGAGGCUUGUGCAUGGUGGACUUUGGCGGAGCUACUGGUCUUUGAUAUCGUGGGGUGGGGUGGGUGGGGGUGUUUUAGCCUAAUGCAGGGCCCGCACAGGCCUGGAUAACUCAUGGAAUUUCGGGCUUUCUGGAAAAGUCAUGGAAAAUUGAAAUAAAUGUCGUAUUCAUGGACAAAGCAUGGAAUAUUUAUAUAUUGACCGGUAAAUAUUGACUAAGUGGUUAAAGCAUUCGCUCGUCACCGAAGACCCGGGUUCGAUUCCUCACAUGGGUACAAUGUGUGAAGCCCAUUUCUGGUGUUCCUCCGCCGUGAUAAUGCUGGAAUAUUGCGUAAAGCCAUACUCACUCACUCACUCACUGGUUAUCGUAGAUCAUUGAGGGUGAAGAUAGAUUUCAGUGUUGGAUGUGGGUAAAAUGGGCGGAAUGACGUUAGUAGGCUGUCAAUCGUUUAGACCUUAUUAGAUUAUUGCAACGGGCUGCUUGUAGGUCUUAACAUAGCUCAGCAUAAAAGACUGCAGAAAGUACAGAAUACGGCCUCCCGCAUAAUUUCGUUACAGUCAAAAUCAUGUCGCAUUACUCCAGUCCUCAAAUCACUUCAUUGGCUUCCAAUUGAAUAACGUAUCAACUUUAAAGUUCUCUGUACUGUCUACAAAUGCCUCCACAACCAAGCCCCAUCCUAUCUCACUGACUUGAUCGCUGUAUACACACCAGCCAAAACUCUUCGAUCUCAGAACCAGCUCCUACUUACUGUACCAACUUUCCGACUUUCCUCAUUUGGUAAACGAUCGUUCUUUCAUGCAGCCCCAAGACUAUGGAAUUCAUUGCCAGUCCACUUCAAAGACUCUGAUUCUCUGACAGCUUUCAAAUCACAACUUAAGAAAUACCUUUUCUCCUCUGUAUAUAACUGACUCUCUCCCUCUUCCCCCUGCGCUUUGAGCAUGCACUAGUGUGUUGAUUAUAGCGCAUAACAAAUGUCCAUUAUUAUUAUUA